AUGAAGAAGCUGUCAAGCUUGACGGACGCAGGGCGUAGCCGUAACCAAGCAGAGCAAAAGAGGAUUGCCAAUGCUGCCUUCCAAGUCUUGGAGGAAUGCCACAUCAACAUCACCCGCGAGGUUUUCCAAGCAUGGUUGAAGGAUGCGGAAUUUGUCCGCGUCCUUGAGGAGGCCGAAGUAGACAUCUCCAACAAGUUUGAGCUCUUCAACAUCCUGGAUGUU